AUGGUGAAGCAAAAGCAGGAAUCAUUUUCGAUCCUUAAUGAAUUCGAUUACUCAUUUACCGUGAUGUUAAUUGGUGAUAGUUGCUGUGGUAAAACCUGUUUGUUGGUCCGAUUUAAAGAUGACGCUUUUUUAAACAAUAAUUUCAUUUCCACUGUUGGGAUUGAUUAUCGAAAUAAACUGAUCAAAGUCAACGAUGCUAAGGUUAAGCUACAAAUCUGGGAUACGGCUGGUCAGGAAAGGUUUCUUGCCAUAACAACAACUUAUUACCGUGAUGCUGAUGCACUUUUGCUUGUUUAUGAUUUAACGAACCGACAAAGCUUUAUCAAUAUACGAGAUUGGCUUACGCGAAUCAAAGAAAAUGCUAAGGAGACCGUGCUAAUAACACUUGUAGGUAAUAAGAUGGACUUACAAAGAGGUCGAAAAGUGAAAUAUGAAGAAGGAAAACAACUUGCUGAGGCAUAUAACAUUGCAUUUAUAGAAACGAGUGCUAAAAGUGGUCAAAAUGUUAAAGAGACAUUUCAGGACAUUGCAAGAAAACUUGUCAAGAUGAAGAACGGUGAAAGUGUAAAAAGUAAAUCAGCAAUCGAACUUGUAGAUACAUUGUCAAAGAGCUCUUCCUGUUGCCUAACUUUUUGA